ACACACACACACACUCACACUCUGCAGGCAGGUAGAGUGUGACAGCUUCACAGUUUGUCAGAGAGUGGACAGAGAGAGGACAAACAGCCUGAGGAUCCUUGGUUUGGACAGAGAGAGGACAGAGAGUGGACAGAGAGCAGACAGAGAGUGGACAGAGAGAGGACAGAGAGAGGACAGAGAGAGGACAGAGAGAGGACAGAGAGAGGACAGACAGCCUGAGGAUCCUUGGUUUGGACAGAGAGAGGACAGAGAGUGGACAGAGAGAGGACAGAGAGAGGACAGAGAGAGGACAGAGAGAGGACAGAGAGAGGACAGAGAGAGGACAGAGAGAGGACAGACAGCCUGAGGCUCCUCACUGCUCCAGACAGGUUUCCUAAUCCACCUCACACAGCCCAGUGAAAGGUCAGCCACCAUGAGGAGAUUACACCACAUCUGAUUGGAUGGUUUAGUCAGAAUGACAGCCGAAGAUCCCGCCUCCUCCUCCUCCUCCUCUUCAGCCAUGAGUAAUAUCCCAGCGCCUUCCGGUUCCAUCGCCCCAGGCCCCUCCCAUCACUCCCCGCAUGGACCAAUCACAGUCCCCGAGGGUGUGUCCGGGGCUCCUAACGAAGCGGCCCUAGUGUCUCUGAUGGGGCGUACUGGUUACGGCAUGGUGCAAGAGAACGGUCAGAGGAAAUACGGGCCCCCGCCGGGCUGGGAUUCCGCCUCGCCGCCACGCGGCUGUGAGAUCUUUGUGGGUAAGAUCCCACGGGACGUCUACGAAGACGAGCUGGUUCCCGUGUUCGAGUCGGUGGGUCAGAUCUACGAGAUGCGUCUGAUGAUGGACUUUGACGGGAAGAACCGAGGCUACGCCUUCGUCAUGUACACGCAGAAACACCAGGCGAAACGUGCCGUUCGGGAACUUAACAAUUACGAAGUGCGUCCCGGACGACUCCUCGGGGUAUGCUGCUCUGUGGACAACUGCAGACUCUUCAUCGGCGGCAUCCCCAAAACCAAGAAGAGAGAGGAGAUCCUGGAAGAGGUGUCCAAGGUGACGGAAGGAGUUCUGGACGUCAUAGUGUACGCCAGCGCGGCAGACAAGAUGAAGAACCGUGGCUUUGCCUUCGUGGAGUACGAGAGUCACCGCGCGGCGGCCAUGGCGCGCAGGAAGCUGAUGCCCGGCAGGAUCCAGCUGUGGGGGCACCAGAUCGCCGUGGACUGGGCGGAGCCGGAGAUAGACGUGGACGAGGACGUCAUGGAGACCGUGAAGAUUCUAUACGUCAGGAACCUGAUGAUGGAGACCAGCGAGGAGACACUACGACAGGUGUUUGGCCAGUGGAACCAGGGCUGCGUGGAACGUGUCAAGAAGAUCCGAGACUACGCCUUCGUCCACUUCUCGUCCCGUGACGACGCGGUGGUCGCCAUGGACCACCUGAACGGGACGGAGGUCGAGGGUUCCUGUAUCGAGGUCACCCUGGCGAAGCCCGUCGACAAAGAGCAGUACACGCGUUACCAGAAGGCGUCUAAAGGGGGCGCUACAGCGGCGACGGCCGCACCGGAACCGGUCCAGCAGAACUACGUGUACCAAUGUGACCCUUACACCCUCACCUACUACGGGUACCCUUACAACACACUGAUCGGACCUAACAGGGAUUACUUCAUCAAAGGAGGUCCAAUGAUACAGACCAAUGCAGGUGCUGUGCGAGGGCGUGGCCGUGCGGUAACGGGUAGCCGCGCCCCAGGCCCCCGGGGGUCAUACCUGGGGGGUUACUCUGCUGGGCGGGGUAUCUACAGCCGUUACCAUGAAGGCAAAGCCAAGGGCCCCGACAACAAAGCCUACGAGUUGUUACCUUCCAUGGAGCUGUCAGCUUCAGUCAACCCGCUGGGUAUCAAGCCUUGCACAAUGGGCCUGCAGGCUCUUGGGGGCCAGUACCCAGUGUUCCAGGGAGCCAAGCUGAUGGAGGAAGGGAAGAUGCAUCCCGCUGUGGAGCACCUCAUUAACCCGCUGACCCUGCAGCACGACCACACAGCCCAGACUACUGUCCUACCUGCUGUCUCCACACCUCCGCCCUACCAGGGUCGUCCCAUCACCCCAGUGUAUACCAUGACCCACAACAUGCAGCGUAUCCCCGCGGCCGGCGGUCUGUACGGAGGAGGCUACAUGCCCAUCACAAACUACAACGCCGCUGCCCUGGCAGCCCUGCAGAAGAACGCAGCUGCGGCGGCUGCAGCUUACGGAGGGUACGCGAGUUACGCUGUGCCCCAGGCCUUCCCUGGCGCUGCGUUUCAGGUGCCCAUCCACGAUGUCUACCAGACCUACUGACUGAUACCGGACCUACUGACUGAUACCAGACCUACUGACUGAUACCAGACCUACUGACUGAUACCGGACCUACUGACUGAUACCAGACCUACUGACUGAUACCAGACCUACUGACAGAUACCAGACCUACUGACUGAUACCAGACCUACUGACUGAUACCAGACCUACUGACUGAUACCGGACCUACUGACUGAUACCAGACCUACUGACUGAUACCAGACCUACUGACUGAUACCAGACCUACUGACUGAUACCGGACCUACUGACUGAUACCAGACCUACUGACUGAUACCGGACCUACUGACUGAUACCAGACCUACUGACUGAUACCGGACCUACUGACUGAUACCAGACCUACUGACUGAUACCAGACCUACUGACUGAUACCGGACCUACUGACUGAUACCAGACCUACUGACUGACUGAUACCAGACCUACUGACUGAUACCAGACCUACUGACAGAUACCAGACCUACUGACUGAUACCAGACCUACUGACAGAUACCAGACCUACUGACUGAUACCAGACCUACUGACUGAUACCAGACCUACUGACUGAUACCAGACCUACUGACAGAUACCAGACCUACUGACAGAUACCAGACCUACUGACUGAUACCAGACCUACUGACUGAUACCAGACCUACUGACAGAUACCAGACCUACUGACAGAUACCAGACCUACUGACAGAUACCAGACCUACUGACUGAUACCAGACCUACUGACUGAUACCAGACCUACUGACUGAUACCAGACCUACUGACAGAUACCAGACCUACUGACAGAUACCAGACCUACUGACAGAUACCAGACCUACUGACUGACUGAUACCAGACCUACUGACUGAUACCAGACCUACUGACAACAGUUAAUCAGAUACCAGCUGUCUGGUCCACAACGCCUGUUCAACCACCACUCAACGUUCAAACAACUUGUGCGUCACAACGUCAGGCAAGAAACUACAGAAGACCUAUAGAAGACCUCAUCUCCACAUAUCACCUCCCUCCUCUCCCCUCUCCCCUCUCCCCUCCUCUCCUCUCCCCUCUCCUCUCCCCUCUCCCCUCUCCCCUCUCUCCUCCCCUCUCCCCUC